GCAACCUCAAUAUUAUUAUUAUUAUUCUAUUACUAAUUAAUGGCGAAGAGCAAAAUGGAGCUGGAAGAGCUGUACCUGGGAGUCCCCGACGACUCCGUCAACCUCACUUUCCAACACUUGGCUCAGCUCAACAACAACAGCAGAUCGCUUACCUCGCCGGCCGUGUCCGAACGAUCUAUGACAAGGCCGACGACGGCGAUGGCGAAGCUCCCGAGUCUCGACUUCAGCAAAGGGCUGCAGGAAACAUCAUCGGCCUUGGAACAUAAGAUCAUCUACCGCCGCGACGACCACGAUCAUCAUCGUGUUCAUCAAGGAGGAUACCGCAGCGAUGUCGACACGAUGAAUAGCCAAUUCAGUGGGACGACGAGCAUGAGCAUGAGCAUGAGCAUGAGCAUGGCGGAUAAUUAUGGAGCCGGCCGAAGGAGGCGCCCGGGGAUUCCGCACUCCAAUAUUUGCACCGUGUGUUGCAACUACAUCUAUAUUUGCCGUCACCGUUGCCUGGUGUGUGGAAGAGUGUACUGCAGACAAUGCGUGACCAUAGGUAUGGGAGAUAUGACUGAAGGCAGAAAAUGUAUUGACUGUUUAGGGAGAAGAUUUAGCCAAAGGUACAUUAAGAAGGCUGGAAACGUAGGGUGGUGUUGCAUGGGGUACCCGUCGGGGCUAAAGCAAAUGGAGCUCAAGUGGGCCGAGAAAGGGCCAAGAAGGAGCGGCGAAAACAAAUAUUACAGCAACAAUCACGCCAUGAUGUCGAGGACAAGAAGCCCUAUUGUCCCGCCGUCGCAUAGCAAUCCGCCUUCGUUUGUGAUGAACUCAUCGCCGUAUAACUCGCCGAGGAACCAACACUAUCCCAUGCCUUUCUAG